GAGGUACGAUGAGGAAGAGGAAGGAAAAGAGUUGCAGGAAAGAGGAAGAAGAACUGGAAGUAAAGAGAAGUACGAUGAGGAAGAGGAAGGGAAACAGUUGCAGGAAGAGGAAGAUGAACUGGAGGUUUUAGAGGAUGGAGGUGAAGAUGAAAAAGCAGGAAACAAGGAAAAGAGCCAUGAUGAAGACGAGGCUGAAGAACAGAGGGAUGAAGAGGAAAAACACAAUGCGGUUUUGGAAGAUACCCAAGAAGAGAAAGAAAAGGAGGAAGAAGAGAUAAUAGGACAUCAUGUUGAAGAAGAGGAAGAGAUGGAAACAGCAGGAGAAAAGGAGGAAGAGAUGGAGGAAGAGGAGGUACAAAUUGAAGAAGAAAUAGAUGGUGGAACAGCUGAAGAGGAGGAGGUAGAAGAAGAAGAGAAAGUAGGUGUAGAAAGAGAAGAGAUGGCGGCCUUAGAGGAUGGAGAAGAUCAUGCAGAAGAGGAGCCAGAAAACCAGCUCCAUCAGUCAGACUCCCAGAAACCACCACCUCUCUCACCUGCAGAACCGCUGAGUCACGCAGAAACAGGGAGUGAAGCCCCCCCAGAAGAAGAGGAGGAGGACUCCGGCGCUGCCAGGGCCCAGAAUGAGGACGUUUAUCCCACCUCAGCGAGCAGCGACAGAGAAACAACACAGAGUCUGACGGACACAAAGUCUGCUCGUCUGGAUCUGAGGGAGGAGGAGACACAGAGUUCAGAGGAAAGACUUCAAAUAAAGACGACAGGUGAAACAUCGGCCAUCAUCAAGGAUACUACUCCCAAACCGCAGACAGCUGGCAGGUUGAAGAAGAGGGUAACGUUGGUGGAUCCAGAAGCGUCACUAAUGGCCGAAGGAGGAACACAAAACCCGUCCAAUCCCAUGGUGGAGGGAAAGCCGGAUAAAGAAGAACCAGGUCAAAACUCUCGCCUUAUGAACGGCAAGGCUGACAACAAGAAGAACAGCACGCAGCAAAGGUCCAAGUUCAAAACUGUGUCCUACAGAAGGAUCCGGAGAGGAAACACCCGACAGAGGAUCGAUGAGUUUGAGGCCAUGAUGGAUUCGUAAUUCAACCAGAAAUAUUGACAGAGUUUUGGUUCUGCUGGCUUUUUCUGCUCUGUGGUUAAAGAUGACACCGCCAUUGCUUAGAGAAGAGUCGGGGGCCCAGGACAGAGCCUUGGGGUACACCUUGGGCAUCCUAUUUUUGGGAAGAAACCGAGAUAAGUAUAAAUGCAAUGGUUUGAUGUGUGUUAUUGUAAACUGCACAGUCUAAUAACCAGUAUUACAUGUAUUCAUCUUUGAAUAGAAUGAUAUUAAACACGUUUACAAAGCAUCAUACUGAUUACGUUUUUCUUUGUUCAGACGAAACUUAUCAUUUCUGUAUUUCUAAAUAUUUAUUAUAAUAUUUUUGUACUACAAUGUUUAUUUCUACAUAAUUGAUAUUUAUUUGAUGUAAUUUACUUUUAUUUUGAGUAUUAUUUUUUACUAUCAUGUUGAAUGAAAAUCGUGGAGAUGUAUGUUCUAUGGUAACUUACCAAACCAACAUUUUUGAUAUGGGGAAUAACCUCUAAAAAGUUGAGAAUUUAUUCAUGAAUAAUUAAACAUAUGUCUGAAUAAUUAGCAGAUUUAUCCAACAAGGACUAUAAAUCCCAC